GAGCCCGAGGCCUUGGCCGAGUCCGGAGGGGCGACCCCAGGCCUCUCCAGCAGUCCCGCCCGCCGCUCCCACGCGGCCAUGGUCGCCAGCGAUGUGUAGUGCGCGGCAUCUGGGCCGUGCACCCGAGCCUCGAGGGCUGUCACUUUGGAGAAGGCUUCGCUGGUGGCGAAGGUACUGCGACAGCUCCACAUCCCCUUCCAGGCUCAGACUAGCGCGGAACGGCCUCACCAAGCGGCCCAGCAUCCCCUCGCGGCCCAGACACCAAGGCUCUUCCCGCUCCGGGGCCUCCAGGGAUCCCAACUGUUGCCGGAUCUGGGGGAGCAGAACCCCUAGCCUGUUAGGCCUCCUUCGCCAACCUAAGGUGGAGCCCCCACAAGGCAUCCCCGGAGAUGACACGGCAAUGAAUGGGAUUCGGCUACACUGCUCCCGUGGGCACAAAGUGGAGUCCGAGUCUGGAAGGUGGGGCGCAUGGAGCGAGCCGCUGUGGUGUCCCCAUGGCAGCUUCCUCGUGGCUUUCUCACUCCGAGUGGAGGCACCCAAGACCCUUGAGGACAACACUGGCGCCAACAACGUGCGCUUCCGCUGCUCCGACGGCAAGGAACUGGAGGGGCCUGGCCUGGCCUGGGGAGACUUUGGAAGCUGGAGUGAGCCGUGUCCUAAAGGCAUAUGUGGUUUGCAGACCAAGGUCCAGCGGCCUAGAGGCCUCCCCGACGACACCGCGAUGAACGACGUGCGUUUUUUCUGCUGCAGCAGCUGAUCCCUUUGCGGUCGGCUCCCGGCCCCACCUCCGGCUGUCCCACCUCCCGAAUUAAAGCUUCCCCGUCAUGG